UAGCUGGGUCGGGUGGGGGGACGAGUCCCUGAGCCUCCUCCCUGAGUCUAAUUGGGGGUGCCACCCACCCUUCUGUCUGCCACAUUGCAUUUGGACACGUCUGACCUGGUUCAGUUGGGACACAGGCACCCUGCACUAAUGAGGCAGAGCCUUGCAGGGAGAACCUUGCGGGUGAGCCCACCCUGUGCUGCUGCCCGCCCCCAAAUCAUGUGCUGGACCCCAGCUUCUGGGAAAGGGUCAGAGUUCACCACGCAUCACGGUGGGUCCUGUCCCUCAGCCCUAAAGUUCCUCACAGUCUCUGGGAUGGGUGAGGCAGUGUCCCUAACUAGAAUUCUCGGCCGCCGUGUCUUGGCACGGCAGUUACAGGCACGUGCCCUGGACUGCCUAGGCAUGAGUCUUGGCAUUGCCACCUUGAUGGGUGACUUAAUUAAUUCAUCUGAGCCUGUCCAAAGCAGGUUGAUAACGGGACCUGCCUCGGGAUCUGGUGGGGGCUGAGAGAGCGGUUUGUACCACCUUUAGCUUUUACGGUCAGGACCUGGGCCCUGUUACAACAGUGGGGUGGCAAGGCACGGUUGUUCGGCUAGCACAGCAAGUACUCUGGAAAAAUCCCUCCGGAAGGUGCCAUCUCGUUCAGGGUGGUAACCCAGCCAGGCUAUUCUCCAGCGCUAGAAAGAUCACACCAGGUAAAGCACUCGGCUUGUCUUGGGGGCCACAUUAUCCAAGAGGUGGUGGGAAGAGAUGACGGUGAUUUGUCUCUACCUUUCGUUACACGCCGGUCUCUGGUACUAAUUUCUUCCUGUUCUCAAGAGCAUGUGGUUAAGUUUAUGUGUUCUUCUCUAACUUCCUGGACUUGAGCAUGUUAACAAGUCACGCUGGUCACGUGUGUAUUAUGUUGCUUAACAAGUGUGUGUUUUGUUGCUUAAUCUGUGCCUCAGUUUGUCCAUCUGUAAAAUAGGGAUACUGUGCACCACAUUGAAGGAUUAAAUGAGUUGAUGCAGCUAGAGCACCGAAGAGGGUGUUGCAUAUAGGGUAGUAAACGCUGAAAGAAAAUUACUGUAUCUUUAGGUGAGAGGAUUUGUGUGCGGAGGGCCAGGUUAUUACUUUUUGGAGCAGGAGUAUUGGGAGAAGCCUUCCCGACUGUCACGAUGUGGUUUUGGUGUCUGAACAACAGGGAGGUAUGUGGUAGAGAGAGAUGGGGAGGGCUUCCAGGCUGAGGAGGCAGCCGUAGCACAUGCCUGGAGGCGCGCUUCAUUCAUCCUGUGUGUAGAAUUCGUCAGGGAGAGGCACUGAGCUGGGCACCUUUCAGCCUGCGCAGGUUCUGGAUGCCGGUGUGUGUUGUGACAGUAAGACAGCAAGGGAAGUUCAUGUCAAUGCACAUCCGGGGUGAUGCAACUCACAUAAUCGAAUUAUACAUUGGGAGAGGGGGAGUAUUUUAAAAUAGCUUCCCCACUGGGGCACCUGGGUGGCUCAGUCAGUUAAGCCUCUGACUUCAGCUCAGGUCAUGAACUCACAGUUCGUGAGUUCGAGUCCCGCGUCCGGCUCUGUGCUGACAGCUCAGAGCCUGGUGCCCGGUUCCGAUUCUGUGCCUCCCUCUCGCUCUGCCCCUCUCCUGCUCACGCUGUGUCUCUUUCUCUCAAAAAUAAACUUAAAACAGCUUUCCCGGGCUAGCCCAGGUAGCUGAGGACACUUAGAGCUGGUUGGUGUCCUUCCCUGAACCUUCCUCCCGUCCUCAUGUGCCUAGUUUAUAGGGGCAGGAGAUUUUUCCUGAAUGUUGGCAUGCGGCUUUGGGAAGGGUGCUCUGCUCACAUGUCUGCUUGGUAGACUGGGGGACAGGUUGGCGCUGCUGAGGCCCUGGGGGAAGGCCCGAGGUAGUUAAUCAUUGUCCGCUCCUGGCUGCAGGCUCCACCUGGGCCGGUCUAGGAGGGAUCCUCCUGACUGACACAGUAAAGGGCCGUCUGAGGGAAUCUUGGGCCCUGGAUGAGAGGGAAGUAAUGGCCCUCAAUUUCAGCCUCUGACCUGCUUGUUACUAGCUUCUGACUGGAAGGCCUCACUGCCCUCCCCCCCUCCCCAAGCUUCUGUGUACCCUUUAGUGUCUUACACCCCAUGACGCAGACGCCCUCCUGGUGUCAGGCUACCUAGGUUAUUUAGUUCACUGGCUUGGCCAAGGGUAAGACGCUGGGAAUUAAUUAUUACUUGGAACCACACUCCAGCAGUUUUCCUCGGAUUUUGGCAGCUUGGCCUCACAGGAACUGGCCGUAGGUCAGCCAACCUGUUCUUCCGGGUCAGGGCUUGGCAGUGAAUGGGGGUGAGGAGCAGCUGAUCAGACCAGGUCAGGCAUUCCUCUGUUUCCGUGGGGCUGGUGAGGUUCCUUAACAUGCAUCAAGAGAAAACAGACCAAGAAGUGUGGCGCUGUACACCCUGGACCACGUGGGGAAACAAUGAAGGGAGACACCAGACAACUCAACAGAGAGGAGGACGCCAGCGGGAGGGAAGACUCCAUCAUCACUAACGGGGGCUGCAGCGACCAGUCUUCUGACUCCAAGGAUGCGCCCUCACCCCCCAUCCUGGAGGCUAUCAGCACCCCGGAGAUCAGAGGCCGAAGAUCAAGCUCACGACUGUCCAAGAGGGAGGUCUCCAGUCUGCUAAGUUAUACUCAGGAUCUGACGGGUGAUGGAGAUGGCGAAGGGGAAGACGGGGAUGGCUCUGACACCCCAGUGAUGCCAAAACUCUUCCGUGAAACCAGGACUCGGUCUGAAAGCCCAGCUGUCCGAACCCGAAAUAACAACAAUGCCUCCAGCCGUGAGAGGCACAGGCCCUCCCCACGCUCCACCCGAGGCCGGCAGGGCCGCAGUCACGUGGAUGAGUCCCCCGUGGAGUUCUCAGCUACCAGGUCCCUGAGGCGGCGGACAGUAUCCUUGGCAGGCACACCGUGGCCGUCCCCCGCCAGCCCCUACCUCACCAUUGACCUCACAGAUGAUGAUGUGAUGCCCCAGAGCAGCAGUACGCCCUACGCCCGCCUGGCCCAGGACAGCCAGCAGGAGAGCUUGGAGUCCCCGCAGGUGGACGCGGAGGGGACAGAUGCCGACAACACCGAGUAUCAGGAUGGGAAGGAGUUUGGAAUAGGGGACCUUGUGUGGGGAAAGAUCAAGGGCUUCUCCUGGUGGCCUGCUAUGGUGGUGUCAUGGAAGGCCACCUCUAAGCGACAGGCCAUGUCCGGCAUGCGGUGGGUCCAGUGGUUUGGUGACGGCAAAUUCUCCGAGGUGUCUGCAGAUAAGCUAGUGGCCCUGGGGCUGUUCAGCCAGCACUUUAACCUGGCGACCUUCAAUAAGCUGGUGUCUUACAGGAAGGCCAUGUACCAUGCUCUGGAGAAAGCCAGGGUGCGGGCUGGCAAAACCUUCCCCAGCAAUCCUGGUGACUCCUUGGAGGACCAGCUGAAGCCCAUGUUGGAGUGGGCCCACGGGGGUUUUAAGCCCACCGGGAUCGAGGGCCUCAAACCCAACAACAAGCAACCAGAGAACAAGACCCGAAGACGCACAGCCGAUGACUCGGCCACCUCGGACUACUGCCCCCCACCCAAGCGCCUCAAGACAAACUGCUAUAACAAUGGAAAAGACCGAGGAGAGGAGGACCAGAGUCGAGAACAAAUGGCUUUGGAUGUUAGCAACAACAAGGGUAGCCUGGAAGAUAGCUGUCUGUCCUGCGGUAGGAAAAACCCUGUGUCCUUUCACCCUCUCUUUGAGGGUGGGCUCUGCCAGACAUGCCGGGACCGGUUCCUCGAGCUGUUCUACAUGUACGACGAUGAUGGCUAUCAGUCCUACUGCACUGUGUGCUGUGAGGGCCGCGAGCUGCUUCUGUGCAGCAACACGAGCUGCUGCCGGUGCUUCUGUGUGGAGUGCCUGGAGGUGCUGGUGGGCACAGGCACGGCAGCAGAUGCGAAGCUGCAGGAGCCCUGGAGCUGCUACAUGUGCCUCCCACAGCGCUGUCACGGCGUCCUGCGGCGCCGGAAGGACUGGAACAUGCGCCUGCAGGCCUUCUUCACCAGCGACACGGGGCUCGAAUACGAAGCCCCCAAGUUAUACCCUGCGAUUCCCGCAGCCCGAAGGCGGCCCAUUCGAGUCUUAUCCCUGUUUGAUGGAAUUGCAACAGGGUACUUGGUCCUGAAAGAAUUGGGCAUCAAAGUGGAGAAGUACGUCGCCUCCGAAGUGUGUGAAGAAUCCAUCGCUGUUGGAACUGUCAAGCAUGAGGGCAACAUCAAAUAUGUGAAUGACGUCAGGAACAUCACAAAGAGAAACAUUGAAGAAUGGGGCCCCUUUGACUUGGUGAUUGGUGGAAGCCCAUGCAAUGAUCUCUCAAAUGUGAAUCCAGCCAGGAAAGGCCUGUACGAGGGCACCGGCCGGCUCUUCUUUGAGUUCUACCACCUGCUGAAUUACACACGCCCCAAGGAGGGUGACGACCGGCCCUUCUUCUGGAUGUUUGAGAAUGUGGUAGCCAUGAAGGUCGGUGACAAGAGGGAUAUCUCUCGUUUCCUAGAGUGUAACCCAGUGAUGAUCGAUGCCAUCAAAGUGUCUGCUGCUCACAGGGCCCGCUACUUCUGGGGCAACCUGCCUGGAAUGAACAGGCCCGUGAUAGCAUCAAAGAAUGAUAAACUCGAGCUGCAGGACUGCUUGGAGUUCAAUAGGACAGCAAAGUUAAAGAAAGUACAGACAAUAACCACCAAGUCGAACUCGAUCAGACAGGGGAAAAACCAACUUUUCCCUGUUGUCAUGAAUGGCAAAGAAGAUGUUUUGUGGUGCACUGAGCUAGAAAGGAUCUUCGGCUUUCCUGUACACUACACGGAUGUGUCCAACAUGGGCCGUGGUGCCCGCCAGAAGCUGCUUGGGAGGUCCUGGAGUGUGCCUGUCAUCCGACACCUCUUCGCCCCCCUGAAGGACUACUUUGCCUGUGAAUAGCCCCCAGGCACCCUGAGCCCAGGAGCACCGGGGCAUGUGGGGCAGAGCCAGGACCCAGGAGGUACAGCCUCAGCUCUGCCCUUCCUCUGCUCCGCGUUGUGGGGUUGCGCCACCUAUCCUUGGCAGGAGCAGAGCCGUGCGACCCCCUCCUGGCAGGGAAAGCCUGAGGUGCUGCCUCCUUGUGCACAAUUCAGACCUGGCUGCUAGGAGUGGCCAAACACGGUGCUCGUUUUGUCUUCUAAAAUUUUUAAAACUUGAAGUAGGUAGUAAGAUGGGUUUUUUUUCUUUCCCCUCCCGGGUUUACCGCUCAGAGAAACAAUGGCUAAGAUACCAAAACCACAGUGCCAACAGCCCUCCAAUACUCAGGUUAAUGCUGAAAAAUCACCCAAGACAGUUAUCCCAAGACUAUGAUUUUUAAAAAACAUCUGCAGCUCCUUGUUUCCCAGGACUGCAGUGGUAGACAUGUAGCUAAGGGACAUUUUAAGGGCCCUGGGUGUUUUUCUUCCUAGGGCUAGCAGAAGAGGAGAUGAUGUCUAUGUCGUUCUUGAAUUUUCCCUAGCACAUUCCCCUGGCCUCAGUAUAAAGGGCUGGGACCCGCUGUCAGGGCCCGUGUAGAGUAUUUUCUGUAAUGAUGAUGAUUUCAGCAGGGAUGACCUCAUCAUCACAUUCAGGGCUAUUUUCCCCCCCACAGACCCACAGGGAGGACCACCCUUAGUGAUAUCCCUCCCAGUGACUGCAAUAGAACCCUCCGGGGAGCUCAGGAAGGGGUGGGCUGGGUAUAAAUUGCCAUAUGUUAUGCGGACAGGUAUGGCUUCUCGCUAUCUCCCUCUUCCCCACUAGAAGGGAACAAAGGAGUAGGCUUAGGUAAGACAUCCCUGCCCACCCCCAAAAUGCACCCUUCCAGACUACUCUGCAGGCACAGGUCUCCACAUUAGAAGUAGGAUACCCCAAUUCCUCAGCCUUUUUCUAAACUGAGAAGCAAUGACAGCCGGGGCACAAGCACAUUCCCUGCACUCUCCCCUCAUCUAAGAGAUUGCAGGGGGAAACUGCAAUAAAAGCUCGCCCUCCUUCCAGAGAUUUUAAAGUCCUUUUGUAUUCCAUGAGAAGUUGUUUUUAGGGGGAAUGGGAGGUCGGGAAAGCUGCAUUUCAGAAAUGCUGUCGUAAUGGUUUUUAACACCUUUUACUCUUCUUACUGGUGCUAUUUUGUAGAAUAAGGAACAACGUUGACAGGUUUUGUGGGAAUUUUUUUAUACACUUUUUUUUUUUAAAUCACAGACUUCUAUUUUUAUGUUUUAACAUUUUCAUAAAAAGUUUUUUUUUUUGUAACUGGAGCCACGUAACAAGUAUGGGGGAAAAUUGUGCCUUGUUUCAACAGUCUUGCUAAUUUUUAGGCUGAAAAAUGACAGAUGCCUAGAGUUUACCUUAUGUUGAAUUAAAAUCAGUAUUUCUCUAACA